GCUUGACACCACCAGAUCAUCCUCUAGCAUGGCGUCGUCUUCGUCGUCCCUAGGCAGCGGCAAUGACGACGCUCGCUAUGCUUCAGACCUCACAGUCGACGAGUCGAAGCUGUCAGUUGGCGGCGAGCAGGCAGACGUCUAUCUACUGCAAUGGCUGGCAAAGCUCGAAGUCGCUUUGGCACGCAUACAGGAUGAUGCCGUCGUCGCAAAAGCACAACCAGCACUAGUCAAGACGCUCCUACGCAUCGUCUCACCACUCGCCUCCUCCAUCGAUACCGUCUCGCCCACCUCAUCAACACCGCCAGCCCCAGCGCAGCAAUGGCCUCGCCCUGGCCGACCAGCACGCCAUCUUCUUGCUCGCUGCCUCUUACUCCUCCUCAGGCGUGGCGACUCGCGCUCGCUCUAUGACAUAGGACAAACACUCCUCAAGAUAGCAGGCGAUGACGGCAAAGUCUCGAAGCUUACCUUCGACCGCGAGUCCAAGACGGCCGCUCUCUAUGUGCUAGGAGACAUCUUCGGGUCGCUCGGACAGCAGGUCAUGUCAUUGUUCGUUGACAUUGUCACCACGACACAGAGGAUCUUCAAGCCUACCAGUGCGCCAGUCAUUGUGCGAUACCAUGCGCUUGUGUGCCUGAACAAGGCGAUUCUUUGCGGCGGUAAAAGUCUGAGCGAUGUUGCUGCCAAGGAGGUCGUCAAGAGCUUGCGAUCCGGAUUGGCAGACAAGGCAGGAGCUGUCGUGAGGGGUUGCGCAGAUUGCAUCCUGUCUCUCUGCGAGCAUACAGACUUCAUCGCUAAUCGCUCAGACAUCGAGUCGAUUCUUGCAGCCGCAUUCAGGGACAUCGAGUCCAUCGACUAUGUCACACGCCGCGCCAUCGCUCGAAUGGCAGGCAGCCUUCUCGCUUCGACGCAGCGAGAAAACUCAGCGCCCCCACCGCCUGCUCCCAAGGCCAAGAAAAAGAAGGGCAAACGGGACGAUGGAGGCGAUGACUCGGAGGAGGAGGAAGCCAAUGCAGCCGCAGCAGCCGCAGCUCAACAUGCUGCCUCCACGGGGCCAGGAGGAGCCAUGUUGUCCCCUCAGAACAUGCUCGACCUCAUCGCUCAGCCCUUCUACCGCGCAGUGACGAAGAGAGGUCGAGUCGCUCUGCUAGACAUCUACGCUGCUACGCUCACCGCCCUCGGGAUAGCUUGGGUGCAAACCAACUACGCAACUGUACUCCGCCACCUUAUCGAUGACUUGCCAAACCACUCUCGCUCCACCGCGUCACGCGCAGAAGUCCUCACGCUGCGCUCCGGCGUCAAUCUCAUCCUUCGUCGGGUCAUUGGAGAGCGUAUGCUAGGCGAGCAAGACCAAGUGACCGCAGCUCAGGAGAUCUGCAACUCCUAUCUCAAGAGAUUUCCAGUCGUCAUGCCUGGCCAACCGCCGCCGCCCUCCAAGUACACCCUCGUCCUCGCCCUCGGCGAAGUGGCGGGACUUCUCCAUCAGCUUGGCAAUGCACCGCCGCAGAUCCUCGACGCUCUAUACGAUCCGCUGCUGCGCUGCUUGGCCCACCCGAGCCACUCGGUGCAGAUCAGUGCGGCGUGGUGUCUGCGUACGUUGUGCCACAUCUAUCCGGUCCAGCUAGCGAAGACAAUCCCUGCCCUUGUCGAGCUGCUGAACAAAGACCUCAAGACGCUCAACGGCGCAGGUGAAAGAGGAGGAGCCGAGGUCUCCAAGCGAGCAAUUGGUCACGCUCGGGGUCUCGCAGCUGUACUGAGCGUCAUUCCAUCACGCCCGCUCUACACGUCUUUCGAUGUCGGAUCGCAGGUGAUGGACAUGGCCAGCAGCUUGCUGAAGAGCUGCGGUGACCACUCUUGGUCAAUAGCGAGCGUCGAGAUCCAAGUAGCUUGGACAUUGCUCAGCGCGCUGAUGUCGCUCGGCCCUAAUUUCGUUCGGCCGCACAUGGACCAUCUCACUUUACUCUGGAGGAACGCUCUCCCUAAGCCAAACAACCUUAAUGGCGGCUCGUCUUCCUCAUCCGCCCCCUCGAGUCGAUCAGAAGCAGAAUGGGCGCUGAUGCUACACCUCCGAGAGAGCGCUCUAGGCUGCAUCCUCGCCUUCCUCUCUCAUAACGCUACGCCCCUUCUUAGCCUCGAAACGGCUCGCCGCCUCGUAGCCCUCCUGAGCAACACCCUCGCAUUUGUGGACAACUUCGCCUCUCAACAUCCGGGCCUAGCACAAGAGCAGAUCCCAGGCGCAGAACGGAGCCAACUCACCUUGCUAGACCGCGAACAUCUGCUGCGCCGCCGACUGUUCCAAUGCUUUGCCGCCCUCGCAACAAAUGCGGCCAUGGAACCACUGCAGGACUCGCUGAUAUCCGUCGCCCUGCACACUUUCGCCGAGCCGGAUAGAUACGUGGGGAGCGCAGCGCAGGCUGCCAUUGCGGCGAGUGCGGGCUCAUUCACUACCCUCUGGGCGAUGAGUGAUUCCUACGCUUUCGGCGUGACCAGCCUGCAACGAGACGACGAAACGUUCAUUGCCACGUCUGAGACGGAUCCCGAAACGCAGUCCGCCAUGGAGCGACGUCGAAAGACCUAUCCUGCCACAGAGGAGACGACUCGGCCCAAUCUGCUCAACAGGGAUAGCGUCGAGGUGCAAUUGGACGCCCUCUCCCGCCGUCCCGUUCUCGGAGCGGCCGAGCAUGACCCGCUUGUCCUCUUUGCGCGGUACGACCUUCCCACAGGCUCAGCGCCUCUUCCUCCUCCCCCUGCGACUGCUAUGGUCGACUCGGCUCUCGCGCUUUUUGCAGCUCUGCUGCCCUUCCAAAAGCGUCAUCUGCAAAUUUCGGCGUUCGAGACGUUGCUCACCUACUCGCGCAGCGCAAAGCUGGAGAAGAAUCCGGGGCGUCGUGCUGCGAUUCAGAUCAACGCAUGCGUAGCAUCUCUCGGCGCACUGCGAGUGGCCAUGUCCGGCUCGCUCGGCAUAAGUGGAGCCAAGCCGACGGGAUUCAACAAUGAUCGCCUCACCACAGCGCUGCGCGAGGUUCUGAAGGACGCGCUUCUCUACGGCGACUCCGUGCUGCGCUCCGUCAGCAGCCAGACGUAUGGCCGCCUCGCAGCGGUUGCGGGUUCGCAAGCAAUGAGCAGCCAAGUGCAGUUCCUCGUCGAUCAAGUCGUGUCCAACCGUGACCCUGAUGCGCGAGCAGGGUGCGCGUUGGCGUUCGGAGCCAUCUAUUCCGAAGUGGGCGGUCUCUCUGCUGGCCCGCUCACGAAGACAGUGGUCAACGUCCUGAUGAGCUUGAGCAGUGAUCCUCACCCGACGGUGCACUACGCCGCUCUACAGGCGCUGCGCCUCGUGAUCGACGCCGCUUCCCUCAGCUAUGCUCCCUACGUCAGCGGCACGCUAGGUAUGCUCGUCAAGCUCUCCAUGCAAGACACUCACGAGCCCGAGGGCGGAUCAGCCGGUUCGGUCAACCUUCGCGCCGACCUGCCGGCACAUCAAAUGAUCUGUCGCGUCGUCUCCGGCUUGGUGGGAGUGCUCGGACCAGACUUGCAAGAGAGCUCGAAAGUGCGCGGGUUGAUUCACGUGCUGCUCGACGAGAUGAGCAAAGAGAGGGACGAUGAUGGAGUAGUCGUGGAAGCGGCUAAGGCGCGUCAGCAUUAUUGCUUGUUCGUAGCUGCAGAGCAGAUGGAUCUUCCUGCCUGGGUUGCGCAGUUGACAGAGAACCUGCGGAACCGGAAGCGUCCGCGAAAGUUGGCGGCUGUGCACGGGCUUUACCAGCUGGUGCAGCGCCAGGCGUUGCUGGUGAGCAAGCUCGGAGGGGAUGGCCUCGUGGCAGACCUUUUCGCUCAACUGGAUAUCGAGCCGAGCAUGGAUGGGGUACGCGAGGUGUUGCUCAGCUGGCUGCGGCAGACGGCAGAGCUGAGCCCGGGGAGCUGGAUCGACCUUUGUCAGCGAAUCAUCAUUGGAGGUGUGCAGAAGGGAGGAAAUUCAGCCGCGCCGAAGGCUGGUGCUGAGAAGCAGAGAGGAGGACCGCAACUACAGGAUGAAGAGGCCGCCGGACUAGGCGUGGAAGACGAAGCGAGCAGUACGGUUGCUGCCCUUCAGGGUUCGCGUUGGCGCACCCGCCUCUUCGCCCUGCAAUGCCUUCACGAAGUGUUCGUCGUCGUGCGCCGCUCCGGCCACUUGGAGCACUUCGCCACUCCGCCGUCCCAACACAACGCCGACGGGGAGCGCAAGGCCCCCUCCCCCGCUGGCGCACCAUCGCAACGUCUCAUGAGCAGCCGCGUAGCCGACCUGAUCCGGAUGGCGUUCACGGCCAGCACAUCGGCAAACGACGAGAUCCGUCUUGCGGGUCUCGUGGUACUUCAAGAUGUCAUCGAGUCCUUCAAGCUUGCGCGCGACCCUGAAUUUGAGGAAGCACUGCUACUCGAGCAGCACCAAGCCCCCAUAGCUGCGGCACUCACGCCCGCCUUCUUGGCUGACUCAACGCCCGAGGUGCUCGCGGCGGCCAUUGGGGUAUGCGCUGUCUUCGUUGGCUCAGGUGUGGUGCGCGACGUCACCCGCAUGGGGCGUAUCCUCAAGCAGCUAGUUACAGCACUUCAGUCGUGUAGCAACAAUGGGGAAAUGCGAUCUCUUGGAGACGUCAAGGACCUUUCACCAAACGCGGCCGGCAUGCUGAAAAUUGCAACCUUCUCCGCCUGGAGCGAUCUAGCCGUCGCGGCGUACGCUGGUUCCCAGCCAUACCUCCUGCCCGUCGUUGAGCCUCACCUGAAUGGCGAGCUGGUGCCGUAUUGGGUUGCGAGCUUGAGGGAGUAUGCAAAGAUCAAGAUCGACCCGGACAGCUCUAGUGCUGGACUUGGGCUGGGAAUGGGCGGAGAUGGCUUUGUCGUAGUCAAUCCAAGUCUAGACUCCCAGUGGGCUGGUCUGGCACGGGAGGUCCUACUGCCGUACUACCAACAGAGCUGGGUCAAGAUGUUGCGUGCGCUUAGCGUAUUGAUGGACAAGGACAACACUGCAGUCUUCAAGGCACUGGACGGAGGCGAGGAUGCUGGCGCAUCGGCCUCCCGCAGCGAGCCGACGCUCAGCUUCUUUGUACUCUACGGUCUAGCGUUCGAAGCCCUCGCCUCCAGUGCAGGAGCGGCCGUGACUGGCAGCGCCGCCUCCUCCUCCUCGCGUACCCAGGAGACGACCCUCAUUUACCUCGCGGCGAUGCGCUCUCUCGCUCGCCCGCAAGUGGCGGGCACGGCCAUCAUACAGGACUCGACCUUCGGCGAGCUGGUCAACCUUUGCUUCCGUUUGACGAUGACAGAGAGCGCUGCUGUGCAGGGAGCCGUGCUCGAUCUCGUCGUAGGGCUGGCGAAGGCCUACGAUCAGCGGUUAUUCGACGGGUCCGAGGAGCCGGCAACCAACGGAGACAAGGGCUCAUCGACAGGCUCGACUCUUCCGAGCGCAGCGGAAAAGCUCACUUCACUCCUUCGGAUCAUCGUCUGCGCCAUCUCACGCGCGCCGCUACAGCCUGGCGCAACUACCGAGGAGAAGGCCCUCCUGCUUCGCUCGGGCUUUUCUGCUCUUCUGACUCUUGCCGACAUGCUGCCCCUCAACGCAGGCCGGGAAGACGUGUACUGCACCGCUUGGCAUCUCUACGCUGAGCUGUUGAGCGAUGAGCGACUCGCAGGUGGAGAGGCAGUGGUGGACAUCGUGCCGCUUACUCUGGCCUCGCUCAGGGAUCUGUGUCAACGCAGCGCGAGCCUUUCGACCCCAGGAGUGGGGAGAAGUACCCAUGGCUUGGUCUCACUCGCACUCAACAGCAUCGACGAUCUGAGGGGUCGUGCGGGCAAGGUGGCGACUGCUAAGACGCGCAAUUGCCUCAUGGCAUUGACAGUCAUCCUCACAAGCAUCGCCGGCGGUAUCGUACUGAGCAAACCGGUACUGGAGCAGGCGUGCUACCUUGUUGUGCACAAGAUGAGCACGCCUUUCCUCGAGGAACAAGACCAGCAGGACGAAGACGAUCAAGCGAUCAGCGCCGCUGCAGCUGAGGUUCCACUCACAGCGGCCAAUUGCGGGCGCUCAAUACUUGUAGCGGGUGCUACCGCCGCUACCACGCUCUGCGGCGAGAAGGCCGACGCGGCUCCGUCAUCAACGUGCUCUCUGGCGUACUGUGUCGGCCAGCUACUGCCAGGCUUCGUACACCUGGCCACUCUCCGGGCGGCAACGAGCGUGCAGCGAGCCAUCGCCCUCGAGAUCCUGAGAAGUUUUGCGGGCAUGUUCCCAUCUACCUCAAACGACGCUCCGCAAGCUCAGGACCUACGAGCAAGGCUCAUGGGUAUCGUCCUUCCCGCCUACUUGUGUCAGCUGCGCGACGAAGACGCUGACGACGGCAGCGAAGAGGGCAAAGACGAAAAGGAGAUAGCCGCAACGAGCGUUGCCCACCUCCUAGACUUGGCCUCACGUCAGCCAUCUGCCUUCCGUGAAGCGACGGCCCGCUUGCCUGCGGACGCGAGGGGGAAGCUGGAGAAGGCGAUCAGGGGUGCAAUUGCAGCUAGACAACAGCGAGGUGGCAGCGGUGGCGGGCAGACGGGUGGUAAUGCGGCGAGAAGAGGAGAUAAGACGGAAGGCGGUGAGGGAGGAGCGGGUAUCGCACUGAAGAGCUUCGCGUGAGCUGGGAAACGGUACCGGCCGAGAAGUGCGUUGAGCGGCAGGUGAUGCGCACAAUUGCCGACCCUUCAGUGACCCGUCUUAAUUUGAUACGAGUCUUCUCAUCCGCCGAAUGAACAGAUCGUCGAUCAUGGCACAUCCUUGGUCUAGAAUUCGACCCACUGCUCCUCUGUCACCCAU